UUACAAAUCCACCCAUGUUAACAUUUUUUUUAAACUAGAUAUUUGCUAGCAUUUGCAGCUGAGGACUAAAAGUACAUUGUAGUAUCUUACACUCCUUUAAACAAAGGCAAAUGUGGUUCUCAAAACAUAACUAUUAUAAUUCCACGCUUAGCAUGUAAAGCUUGUAGUUAAUGCUUUGUAUAAUACACUGUAAUUAAGAUAUGAAUAUGGGUGAAAGUAAUAGGAGAAGAAAUUUUUUUUUGCCAAGGUAUUUAACUGUAUAUCUGGUCUCACUAAAAACUCUGUUUUGGACAGAGAAGAAAGGAGUCUUCCAUUCAGCUCAGUGAAUGUGAGCUCACCAAACCUGUCUGAAACUUGCCAGGUUUCUCUUCUGAGGCAGACAACUUAGAGCAUGUGUGGUGUGAAAAUGAAACUAGUUCCUCUCCAGUUUUAGCUCUGUGUAGAGCCAUGUGUUUAAAGAAGGAAGAUUGCAAGAAGUCAUUGAAAACCUUCUCUCCCUGGAAAAACAAACACGGACGGCUUCUGACAUGGUCUCCACAUCCCGAAUCUUAGUUGCCAUAGUGAAAAUGUGUUAUGAAGCUAAAGACUGGGAUGCUCUUAAUGAAAAUAUUAUUCUUCUAUCAAAGAGAAGAAGUCAGUUAAAACAGGCAGUUGCUAAAAUGGUCCAGCAGUGCUGCACUUACGUUGAAGAAAUUACAGAUUUACCAGUCAAGCUGCGCUUAAUCGACACAUUGCGUAUGGUUACAGAAGGAAAAAUCUACGUGGAAAUCGAACGUGCUCGCCUGACAAAGACACUUGCAACAAUAAAGGAGCAGAACGGGGAGGUGAAGGAGGCUGCCUCGAUUCUGCAGGAGCUACAGGUGGAAACCUACGGUUCAAUGGAAAAGAAAGAACGUGUAGAAUUUAUCUUGGAGCAGAUGAGACUCUGUCUAGCUGUGAAAGACUAUAUUCGGACUCAAAUUAUCAGCAAAAAAAUUAAUACAAAAUUUUUUCAAGAAGAAAACACAGAAAAACUAAAGUUGAAAUACUACAACUUAAUGAUCCAGCUGGAUCAACAUGAAGGCUCCUACCUCUCGAUCUGUAAGCACUACAGAGCCAUUUAUGACACUCCCUGUAUCCAAGCUGAAAGUGAAAAGUGGCAACAGGCACUGAAGAGCGUUGUUCUUUAUGUUAUUCUUUCACCUUAUGACAAUGAACAGUCUGAUUUGGUGCACAGAAUUAGUAGUGACAAAAAGCUAGAAGAAAUUCCCAAGUAUAAAGAUCUCCUAAAACUAUUUACCACCAUGGAACUGAUGAGGUGGAGUGCCCUAGUUGAAGAAUAUGGGAAGGAGUUGAGAGAAGGAUCCCUUGACAGUCCUGCAACAGAUGUUUUUGGCUGUACAGAGGAAGGUGAAAAGAGAUGGAAAGAUUUAAAGAACAGAGUUGUGGAACAUAAUAUUAGAAUAAUGGCUAAAUAUUAUACCAGAAUUACAAUGAAGAGAAUGGCACAACUCCUGGAUCUGUCCAUUGAUGAAUCGGAGGAGUUCUUGUCUAACCUAGUAGUUAAUAAAACCAUCUUUGCUAAAGUAGACAGGCUGGCAGGAAUUAUCAAUUUCCAGAGGCCUAAGGACCCAAACAAUAUACUCAAUGACUGGUCUCACAAGCUCAACUCCCUCAUGGCCCUAGUUAACAAAACCACACAUCUCAUUGCCAAAGAAGAGAUGAUCCAUAACCUGCAGUAAGGUGCCUCAAUAAUCUCAGUGCUUUUAAAGAAGGCAUUAAAUCUUCAUAAUAGAGACUAUUAUUACAAGUGUGUAUAUGGUUUGUUUUCUCCCUGCCAAGCCUUCCUGGUCUAAAAUUUAGAACAUAAUUCUGAAAUUCCUGUUGACAAUUAAAUUCCCUUGAUUAUUCAUUCAGUUGUUAAAUGUUUUUGCUACAAUUGGUGAAAGAACAGAAUAAAACUGUAUUGCCU